GCGUCGUGGUGUGCCACCCAGCGGCAGCCAUUUCCAACGAGCUGGCGGGGGCAAAAGAUGGCGACGCCCGUAGGGUGGGCGCAGGGGGGGUCAGGGUCGGUGUGUCUCGCCUUCGACCAACUGCGGGACGUGAUUGAGUCUCAGGAGGAAUUGAUCCAUCAGCUGAGGAACGUGAUGGUUCUCCAGGAUGAAAAUUUUGUCAGUAAAGAAGAGUUCCAGGCAGUGGAGAAGCAGUUGGUGGAAGAGAAAGCUGCUCAUGCCAAGACCAAGGUCCUCCUGGCCAAGGAAGAGGAGAAGUUGCAGUUUGCCCUUGGAGAGGUAGAGGUGCUGUCUAAACAGCUGGAGAAAGAGAAGCUGGCCUUUGAAAAGGCGCUCUCCACUGUCAAGAGCAAAGCCCUGCAGGAGUCCAGCAAGAAGGACCAGCUCAUCACCAAGUGCAAUGAAAUUGAGUCUCACAUUAUAAAGCAAGAAGAUAUACUUAAUGGCAAAGAGAAUGAGAUUAAGGAAUUGCAGCAAGUUAUCAGCCAACAGAAACAGAUCUUCAGCCGGCUCCUUGCAGGAAUCACAUGUCUGACUUCCGGAUCCAGAAGCAGCAGGAGAACUACAUGGCCCAGGUGCUAGACCAGAAGCAUAAGAAAGCCUCGGGGACCUGUCAGGCCCGGAGCCACCAGCGUCCCAGGGAAAAAUAAAAUAAUUAUUUCCUUUCUGUUAUCUGGUUGUAA